AUGCAAGUCUAUUUACGUGAAUCACAACCACCUUCAAUAACAAGGGCAAUAAUCUUAGUAGGAGAUGGAGAAAGCGGAGCCAAGCAGCGGCGGACAUGCUUGAUCUUGAGUGCUAAAUCCGCCUCUUCUUCUUCCUCCUCUGCGUCAAGUGAAGGUCAUCGAGCGGUAAUUGAAACACGUCCAGCAGAUGAGAUAGAUGACUUUGAUACAUUCAGGAAAUUGCAUGAUCAAGCAUUUGGCUGUCUGGGUCUGAUCAAUAUUGGCUCGGAUCUGUUUGUUGGUAUAAUCGAUCAUGCCAAUUCGGUAGGAAGUAUAAGACCUGGCGAAAAAGUGCAAAGGGUAUCGUCAGUACGAUUUUAUUGUCUCAACAAGUCGCUAUGGGAUGAUAACUCACUAACCUACGAAGACAAUUAUGGAGGUUCUCUGGAUCCUCAAGGGCCGAAAGCUCUACCGCACGAAGCAGGAUACACACCCUCCGCCCAAGCCGGUAUCGUUGAGCAUCCAUGUGCAAGUAUACGCAAAUUGAUGAGCACGGGAACAUUUUACUUUGCACAAAAUGGCACAUUUGAUCUCUCAAGACGGUUGGAGAAACGAAUUGGAGCUCCCAAUUCGACCAGGAGACAUGGAUUCGAUGAGAGAUUCGUUUGGAACACAUAUUUGAUGCAGUCUUUGCACGAAUACCGAAGUCGACUUGAGCCGGAAGAGCGGAGAGCGUUGGACAAGGAAAGUUUUCUGACAACUGUCAUUCAGGGAUACGUCGGUGCAUUUCAAAUCGGACCGGCAUACAUAGCCCUAAUCAGCAGACUGAGCUGGAAACGUGCCGGAACACGAUUUGCAACCCGUGGUGUGGAUGAUGAUGGAAAUGUGGCCAAUUUUGCUGAAACAGAAACACUGUACACCUAUGAGGAUAAGAGUAUGAGCUAUGUUCAAGUUCGAGGAUCGGUACCUUUGUUCUGGGAACAACAAGGCUUGCAGGCUUUCAAUGCUCGUAUUCAAGUCACUCGUUCGAGAUUGGCUUCUCAACCGGCGUUCGAUAGACAUUUUGCCGAUCUAUUGGAACAAUAUCGACAUGUUCAUGCGCUCAAUUUGUUGGGAGCACGAGAUGCAGAAACGGUAUUGGCUGCUGCAUAUGCUGAACAUAUGCGUAAUUCGGAAGCAGAGGAAGUGUAUCUCUCAUCGCUCUCCAAAGAAGACGCCAUCAAUCCGACAGAAGGAGAUGACAUUGAAUCGAUCGGUUUGACAAACUUUGACUUUCAUGCCACCACCCGGGCUACAGGAGGUUUGGACGGCACUAAAGCAGACUUAAAGAGGCUAGGUCCGGUACAAUCCAAAAGGGCGGCCUUCGGAUAUGCCCUCGUCGAUAAAAACCAACUUAUUCAACACCAACAGGGAGUCUUUCGUACAAAUUGCUUGGACUGCUUGGAUAGAACCAAUGUUGCACAGGAUAUUCUCAGUCAAGAUGCUCUCUUGCUUUGCACGGAUGAGGGGAUACUGCCGAACUCUGGAGCUGUGCUAUGGUCCAACCAUCGUGUGCUAUGGGCCGAAAAUGGAGACGCUCUCUCAAAGAUCUAUGCUGGAACAGGUGCUUUGAACAGCACGUUUACACGAACAGGUGUGGGAAAGAAGACGCUGGGAAGCUUAUUGUCAGACGCCGCCAAGUCCGCUUCACGACUGUACAUCAACAAUUUCCAAGACAAAUCCAAGCAAAACGUUAUUGAUGCACUGUUGGGCAAUAUGGCGAACCAAAAACCGGUCAGCGUUUAUGAUCCUGUUCAUGAUGCUGUCAAUGCUGAAUUGAAUGAGAGAUUGGAUGAUUUCUCAACAACGCGAUCAGUAUCAAUCUAUACCGGUACAUGGAAUCUGGCUGGUAUGGGACCAAGUGGUGAAUCUUUGCUACCAUUCUUAUUCCCAACAAAGGAUGAACCUGAUAUCAUUGCGAUCGGACUGCAAGAAGUCGUCCCACUGACACCACAGCAGAUCCUAUUGACUGAUCCUGACAAAUUGCGCAUUUGGGAAACAAUCAUUGGAGAUGCUGUUGCUAAACGAUCGGAAAAGUCAAGUCGAUACAUCCCCUUACGCAGUGAGCAACUUGUUGGUACUGCGAUGAUCAUAUUGAUCAAGGAGACCCUCUUACCACAUGUUCGUCAAGUAGAAGCUGCAACAAAGAAAACAGGUCUCAAAGGCAUGUCUGGCAACAAAGGAGGCGUUGCGAUUCGAUUGAAUAUUUAUGAUACAAGCUUUUGCUUUGUUACUGCUCAUUUUGCUGCCGGUAAGUCUAAUGUGGACGAACGUAAUGCAGAUUUCCAUACGAUCAAUCGAGAACUUGGAUUUAAUAUGGGAAGAACGAUUGAUAAUAGUCAUCAUUCGAUCUGGUUUGGCGAUUUCAAUUAUCGUCUUGAAGGAACGAAUGAGGAAAUUAGACCGCUUUGUCAUUGUGGAGAUUUGGAAGCAUUGAGUAAACGUGAUCAGCUGAUAGAAGUGAAAGAAACAAGACAAGCUUUUUUGGGUUACAAAGAAAGUAUGUUGGUAUUCUUGCCAACAUAUAAAUACGAUUUUCGAAGUCAAAUUUAUGAUACAAGUGAAAAGAUGCGCGUUCCUGCUUGGACAGAUCGAAUCUUGUACAAGAGUAAUUAUCCUUUCAAGAUGGAUUUGAUCUUGUAUGAUCGAGCUGAAUUGCUCACUUCUGAUCAUAGACCAGUCUUUGCUCUCUUCGAAGCUGAAGCAAGAUUGUAUGACAACGAUAAACGUGAUGCACUGCGCAAGCAAUUGAUAACCAAGUACAAAUCCAUCCAAUCGCAAAACGGCGAAUUGAUCCCACCCUCAUCUGCUGGCGAUCGUUUGGCGGUCAGUGAUCAGGAUAAGGAAAGUGAUGGAUACUUGACCGAUGAACUACCUGAACCUUCUAGUGCACAAAAUGCGUGGUGGAAUGAUGCUUUGACCAGUGAAGAAGAGGAAGGAGGCGAUAUUACAUCUGCCCAUAGAGUGGGGAAUAACAACAUAUUUUCGAAGUCCUCCAAAGCAUCCACACAAUAUGCUCGUGGACCAAUUUCCACUUCUCCUUUACCGAAAAGCUCGUCUGCAGUUAGUGCAAACGGACAAAGACGACAACCUCCUCAACCGCCACCAAAUAAAGGCAUGACGAAAUCGGCUGAUUCACGAUUAGAGAAAGGACAAGAUGACAACAAGAAAAGCAAUGUACCACCACCAAUACCCAGCAAACCCUCUAUUGCAAAGGAUACGAAGCCUGAAUCGACAGCUGAAUUACUGCCUCCAAAGCCAGCUGUUCCUGCAAGACCAGGUUUGGGCUCGCGUCAACAAAGUUAUCAAAGUCAAAGAUCUUUACUAGAUGAUAGUGAUUAG